GGGGGAGGGGAAAGCACUGCGUGCGCGCUCUCGCAAGCCAAGGCGCGGCCCCGCGGCAUUACGUGCGCGUUCAUUCGCCCCCUCCCCCAGUCUUUCUGUCUCGGCCGUCGCGGUCGCUUUUUCAUCUUUCCGUCCCCCCACUUGCUCUGAGGUGUUUGGAGCGGAGCAGACCCCGCCGACUCGCUAUGGCUGACGAGAAGCCCAAGGAAGGAGUGAAGACUGAAAAUAAUGAUCAUAUUAAUCUGAAGGUUGCAGGGCAAGAUGGAUCUGUGGUGCAAUUUAAGAUUAAAAGGCAUACACCACUUAGCAAACUAAUGAAAGCUUAUUGUGAACGACAGGGUUUGUCAAUGAGGCAAAUCAGAUUCCGGUUUGAUGGGCAGCCAAUCAAUGAAACAGAUACACCUGCACAGUUGGAAAUGGAGGAUGAAGAUACAAUUGAUGUGUUCCAGCAGCAGACAGGAGGCAUGUACUAAAAGAGAGAACCAAACUUCCUUUCCCACAGACAACAUAUUCACAGUUAGAAAAAAGAGACCUGAUUCAGCCACAUCUUGACUACUGCAGUAUAGCUUUCUCUCUUCUUUGAUUUCUUUUCUUAUUCCUUCUAUUGUACAUAAAGUAACUGGUGUAUGUGCACAGACAUGCAUAUUUUUUUUAACUAAAUAGCCAAUUGUAUGUUUUGAUCAACAUCAUAUGGAGAAAGGGUGGUAAAAACAAACUGGUCUGUGAAAAUAUCUCAUUUCUCCACUAGUGGCAUGCUCCUCUAACUUUUAUCUUUAUAUUCCAGUAAGUUAUUUUUGCUCUCAUUGUUGGAAAAAACAAAAACCUUACAUACUUUGUUUGAUUGGACAAUUUCAUUGUUUUUCUUUUAUCGUUGUACAACCAAGGACAAUUUUAUAACUUUUUUGUACGUAGCUGUUACACGUAGAGCAAUCUGUCUUUAAGUAGGAGUAAAUUACUCUAAAACAAAAAUUUGAUCUUGGAUAGUUUUCCCUUCCGUCUUGUUGUUUAAAUAAACUUCUUGUUUAAAAUAAA